CUUUGCCUCUUCUCUUCUCUUCGCUUCAGUUAAGCUUUCUAAUCUCUUAUCUGUUGACGUUCACUGCGAUAGUGUUGACAAAAGGAUAGAGUAGGCUAGUAGAGAUGAUAACCUGCGUUAGAAAUAAUGCGUAGUAUAUUUUAUGUCUUCCUAUAUUACUUAUUUUGUAUUGUUUCUGGUGCUAGUUAUCAGACGUGCAAAGUCAAUAUAUUAACAGAAAAAUGCACUCCGAUCAAUACUAUUUGCACACAAAAUACAGCUAGUGAAGAUUUUGGCUCAUGCAAAUGCAUAGAUAAGUAUCAAUUUAAUGAACAUUAUACUUCCGACAAAGAUUAUUGUAGUCUCAUAGAAACAAGUACAAUUGCAGAAGUUGAUAUAACUUCCAAUGAUAUAUCCAUAGAAAAAACUCAAACCUCUGGGUACUCUAGAGAUAUUUUAGUUGCAGUUCUGACUGUGAUUAUUUUAAUAUGUCUUACUUUACCUGCUGCAUUUAUAAUUUACAAAUAUGGCAUAUACGACUGGAUUUGUAGAAAAGUUAAUGGUAACAGAAUGCUACCUCGAUAUGAGGAUGUGAUGAUAGGGCAAGAAGAUACUGACGAUGAUCCCUUGCCAUAAGUGAAUAUUAUAAUUUUAUAUUUUCUUGAUCUCCUUACAAUGAUGUAGAAUAUUGCCUUCAAGUCAUAUGUUGUAAAUAGUUUUACAAAAUGAUAAUGUUAUUUAUCUAUUGAAUAUAUGUAUGUUUAUGUAAUUUAUUUAAAUAUUAAUUUAUUAACAGAUGAUGACUAGAAGUCACAAUUGUGUUAUUGAAGUUGUUGCAUGUAAAUGAAUUAUUUUUAAAUAGUUAUAUUCAAAUAACAUGAAAUAAAUUUUGUAUUUGUGAUUGGUGAAAGUGAUGGAAAUAUUUUGUUGAAUACA